ACAGUUUUCACUUUUUCUUCCCACUUCCAUUACAAACGUUUGCUUCUUCUUUCUUAUCGCUCUCUGUCUCUCAAACUUCUUCGAUCUUUCAACCAUGGCAGAUAACGAAGAUCCUAAGGCAGCGAAAGAUGAACGCAAAUCAAUCCUUCCACCAAUCACCGAGAUCAGCCGGUGGCAAUGGUGGUGUUUGGUGUUCCUUAACAUAUCUUUCCUCCUAAUCGGUCAAGGUACCGCCAUUCUCCUCCUAAGAUUUUACUAUGAACACGGUGGACGCAGUAAAUGGACUGCAACACUUGCUCAAAACGCCGGAUUCCCAAUCCUUUUCAUACCUUUCAUUCUUUUUCCGAAAAUGAAAGAACCCUCGGUUAAUUCCCCUCUCAUCGUGGUCUUAUCAGUCUACUUUGGCCUCGGACUCCUAAUCGCCGGUGAUCAUUUACUGUAUUCCGUCGGAUUAGAAUACUUAUCGGCCUCAACUUACUCGCUAAUCUGCGCGACUAAAUUAGCUUUCAGCGCUGUUUUCUCGAUUCUCAUAAACUCCCAGAAAUUCACAAUCUUGAUCAUGAAUUCAAUUGUUGUUCUUUUGUUAUCCGCUUGUCUUGUUGGCGUCAGCGACUAUUCGCCUAGCCCUCCUGACGUAACUCAGACUAAAUACAUUCUCUGUUUCAUCUCCACCAUUGCCGCUUCAGCUCUAUACGCGCUUUUACUUUCUGUCACUCAACUCUCGUUCCAAAAAUUCAUCAAAAAGGAAACUUUCGCAGUCGUUCUUGAGCUCCAGAUUCAUACGUCAAUCGUUGCUUCUUGUGUUUCGCUCGUCGGUCUGUUUGCUAGCGGCGAAUGGCGGUUGUUGCGCAGCGAAAUCGCGAGUUUUCAUGAAGGGAGUUUGAGUUACGCCAUGACGUUGAUUUGGACUGCUGUUGCUUGGCAGAUUUGUUCAGUUGGUGUGGUAGGUUUGAUUUUUAUCGUGUCGUCGUUGUUUUCGAAUGUGAUUAGUACUCUUUCGUUGUCUCUUUCGCCUUUGGCUGCUGCCAUUGUUUAUGAUUAUACCAUGAAUGGCGCGAAAACUAUUGCUGUUCUUUUGGGGGUUUGGGGUUUUUUUACUUAUGUUUAUCAGCAUUGUCUUGAUGAGUUCGAGUUCAAGGUGAAGAAGAAACCUGUUAUUCGUAAAUGCAGUCAAUGUGCUUGUUGAUUUUUUUGUUUUGUUUUUGUUUUCAUGUUUAGAUUUUUACUGAAAAUUUUGAG